UAAAGUCUCAUAACAUAUUCCAAACUUCAUCACAACUCAAUAUAUAUAUAUAAUCCGAAACAUAUCAAAUUCAAUCACUUUGUUAUUAUUUCUUGAAACAUAUAAGACAUAACAGUAAAUAAUGCCUGCAAUCCAACACUCCAUUUCCUCUAAAUCAAAUCCUACAAACUUCAAUGAGCAUAUAUGGGUUAAACAAAUUCGUCGAACACUAGACGAAGAGCUUGAAGAUGAUGAUACUGAAGUUCCUGUCUCAAUUUUCAAUGUCCCAACAAUUCUAAAGGCAAGUGAUCCUGAAUCCUACACACCACAAGAAGUAGCUAUUGGCCCUUACCAUUAUUGGCGACCAGAGCUCUAUGAAAUGGAAAGGUACAAGCUAUCCUCAGCCAGAAGAGCUCAAACACUCCUCCAAUCUGGCUAUAAGUUUCAAGAUAUUGUCCUAGAAUUGAUCGACCACGAACACAGGAUUCGAGCUUGUUACCACAAGUACUUACACUUCAGUGGCGAAACAUUGGCUUGGAUGAUGGUCAUAGAUGCCUCAUUUGUUCUUGAAUUUAUUCAAGUUUAUGCCAUGAAAGAAGGAAGGGUUAGACCAUCUCAAUUCUCUUCAAGGAAUAUGUCACACUUGGUUGACUACACAGGGAGAAAGUCAGCUCACAACGCUAUAAUAAGAGACUUAGUUAUGCUUGAAAACCAAAUCCCAUUAUUCCUUUUAAGAAAAAUAUUGGAAUUUCAGUUUUCGUCGCUAGAAGCUGCUGAUGACAUGUUGUUUGCCAUGUUGGUGGGAUUUUGCAAAGAGCUUUCUCCAUUCAAGAUGAUGGAAAAUCAAGACUUGCCUGAAAUUGAUGUCUCGGAAUGUGCUCACUUGUUGGACUUCUUAUACGACAUGAUCACACCCAAAAUGAAACUACUUCAACCACGACAAGAUGAAGUAAUUCAGGUUGUGGAGGAUCAAAGUAGCGAUGAUAAUGAUCAUGAAGAAGAAGAAGGGAAAGAAAGCUUUUUCAAUAAUACUAACUCUGUAAAAAAGGUUCUCUCUAUAAUUUGGAAGAUGGUUUCCAAGCUAAACAAAGGUCCAAUACGUCUCCUUAAGAGGUUACUUUUCUCUAAACCAGUUAAACUAUUUUUGCUACUGCCAUGGAAAAUCUUGUCCAAUCUUCCUGGAUUCAAACUCCUUAAAACGCCCGUUGAGUACUUGUUUUUCAAUGUAGACAAAGAAGAAGUUAAACCAGAAGAGGAGAAUUUUAACAACAAGCCACCAUUGAUUGAAGAGAUUUUUAUUCCUACCGUGAGUGAGCUCUUCAAAUCUGGUGUUCAAUUCUUGCCAACAAACGGUAACCUCUCAACCGUUACUUUUGACGUCAAAACAUUUACUCUUUACCUCCCUGCCGUUAGCUUAGACGUCAAUGCCGAGGCCAUAAUGAGAAACUUAGUUGCUUAUGAAGUAUCUAAUGCAUCUGGGCCGUUGGUUUUUACACGUUACACUGAGUUAAUGAAUGGGAUUAUUGAUACGGAUGAAGAUGUAAAACUACUUAGAGAAAGAGGUAUCAUUAUGAACCAUUUGAAGAGUGAUAAAGAAGUAGCUAACUUGUGGAAUGGGAUGAGCAAGUCCAUUAGAUUGACUAAAGUACCCUUCUUAGAUAAGGUCAUUGAAGAUGUGAACAAGUAUCACAACGGGAGAUGGAAGGUUAAAUUUGGAAAGGUCAUGAAACUUUACGUGCUUAAUUCAUGGAAGUUCCUCACUUUGUUGGCUGCUGUUUUGAUGUUGCUUUUGAUGGCUUUGCAAGCAUUUUGCUCAGUUUAUACUUGUGCUCGAAUUUUCAAUAUCGACACCACUGAUGAUUGAUUAAACCUUAUUCAUAUACAAUUAUAAGUUUGAUUUGUCAUUUCUUUUUUGUUUGCAACAAAAUUACAUUGAUUGUUGAUUCCUUAUGUUCGAGUGUUUUUUCUCUUUUACUUCUGUAAUGAUGAACAAAUAAGCAAGAGUGAGUUUGUGUCAUCUUUCUGAGGGUAUAUAUCAUGAUGAAGAUCUACUUUGAUAUAUUUGAUUUUGGCUUUGGGUUUGGCUUGUAAUGACAACAAAGGAUAUUGCUGUUCGUAUUAAUUGAAUAUUUCAUUUGAUUCUUUUCUGUGAUUUGGUGGUCGUUGUUGGCACUUGGCAUGCCGAUGCUAGAUAGUGUGACUAAUAAGUAAUCACGAGUACUUAUAUAUUUAAUAUUUAGUAAUAUAUUUGCAUGAUAGUAUAUAGGAUAAAGAAUAUUGUAUAUAGUAUUAAAAAGGAUGAGCUGGACAUGCAAUUGUAAAGUGGCAUUGGAAGGGGGUAAAGAUCUGUAUACUCUAAUUUAGUCAUUAUUAUAAGAGGGAUACCAAUGUUAAUAAAGUUGGUCAAUCUUAAGGAAAGAUUUCUAUUGC